AUGUUGGGGCAUCCUCGGAGGCAGGCCGGGGAGCAAACCGUGCCGGCGACGCGCGGGUCGAGGAGGGAAUCGGAGGAGAUGCCGACGGUAGCGCGGUCGACGCCGCACGCGCGCACGCAGCCGUCGGUCUCCACCAGCCCCGACAGCCGGCCGUCCUCGACCACCACCUCCGACGUCCGGCACUGGUACUCCGUCGGCCGCCCCGAUCAGUGCGUGUUCUCCAGCACGCACCGCCGCGACGUGGACGACACGGCGAACGCGCACAGCUCCGCCGUCAGCUGCUCGCACACCACCCUCGCCCCUGUCAGGAAAUCGUGCAAACAGCCAUCGUCAGAACACACAGGCCGUGCUUUGUAUAUGCUACAAUACGUUAUACCACCAUGGUUACCGUACCAAGUGCAGAGGAGAGAAGAAGGGACAGGGAGAAGACGAAAGCUGGAAGCUGUCCGUGGAGGACGGAAGCCAUGGAUAGAUGCUGAAUUGCUGAUGCUGCUGGACUUAAGCUUAAGACCGAUGUCUUGUGCUGGAGUUAACGAUGGAAAGCUUAGACGCUUAGACAAGUAUUAUAAGCAGACUAGAAGGGGUUUUUAA